AUGACGCACUAUUGGCAUCGUUCAAAACGGCCAUCCCCGCACAGGACAGCCCAGACAACGACUGCAUCGUCAACCACAGAGACGGAACAAAGGACGCCGCGCACGACCCAUGAUGCACACAGGGACAUUAUUAAAAAACCCAAGAGACCGAUUAUAAUCACUAAACGGACCAUUGCUCAAACAAAAACAUUAAAAGCUGUUUAUUCAAAUACAUCUUUUACGAAACAACGUCAAACAAGGAUACUUAAACAACUAGAAGAUAUUGAACUGAAGGACGCGGAGGAAUAUAAUCAAAAGAUUGUUGAGAAGGAGAAGGUAGUACGGGACAAACGAGCUAAACAAAGGCAAGCUUUAAAGAGACUUCGGAAUAAAUUUGACGAAGAGCAGGUACAGCGAUUUAAAACUCAGUAUGUCACCUGGAAAAGCGUUGAACACGAAAGGCGUGGGCGUAGGAGUGAGAUGUACGGACUUCCCGAAACUUUAGACGACGAAGAGCUCACGAAACUUAUUGUAAAGAAAAAGAAGGAAUCGACAGGGAAAAAGUUUAAGCAACCGGGCACAAGAGAGCAGAUAUUACGUAAAUAUGUACACGUUGUGAAUCCAAAAGUUGGCAGUGAACAUGACAUUGAUCAGUUUAAAACGUCAAAUAACAAUGUUAUACUCGAAGGAAUAAAUACAGUGGAAUUGGCAAAUAAAGAUAACCCAAGUGGGAAAAAGACCAACGUACGUACUGUGAUUGGCUCAGCGAAGAGAAUGUUAUCAGUUCAUAGUGACAUGGAUGCAAUAAGCGAAGUGUCAUCGAUACGAGACGAGGACACCGCCAACGAAGACUCAGAUUAUAUAUUCAGUGACAGUGGUCCAUAGUUACGACCGCUGGUGGCGUAGUGUACGGUCAUUCGCGUAUCAGUGUAACCAAUCCACGAUAUGUCCAACUGCAAAGCGUGAAAUGUGCCAACCCCAUAGACUGUAAAUCUACGUGAGCAGCAGUUAUCCGUCCAUUCCUGUUGUACUAAUCGUAGAAUGAGGGGAAAAAUAGAGCGAAAUCUUCCAUCGACGCGUAUCGCGUGAAGUAAUGUGACGUCACUGAUCGAAUGUCAUAUUCAUAAUUCAUUAAAUCUCUAAUACU